GUCAGCUACAUUCAUGCUAUGCACUAAUCAGGACCCCAAUAAUUAAACAUCUGAGCUGAAUCCGAGCUAAUAAAGAGUAGUAACUUGCAGGUUUAAUCAAUUAUUUGCGACUGUUGUCCGCACUCACUUGGAGUUCAGCUGUCCUGCUGCUCCGCCUUCACGGACCAGCAGGAGGUAUAUAAGUACGGUCACGGAGAAGGAAGGAGACAGAUAACGGCGAAGGAACCGUGAAUUACUAAAAAGGGUAGCAACAAAAGUGCGAGUUUGUGCUUCGUGCGGAUACGCACAUCAGUUGGUAAGAAAUCGGGCUGCUAAAGUGGGUCCCUUGUGUUUCCUGCUCCUUAUUCAUCACGUCUGUAUUUACUCUACUUCCCGUCUGAACUCCGUAUUUUACAAUGGGAAACUCAUCCAGCAAGGAUUAUGAAAAACUGGAUGCCGCAGAACCCAGUACUUUGAAUAUUGCCGUGGUUGGUGAGGCGGGGGCUGGUAAGUCUUGUCUUGUCAAUAUGCUGAGGGAUUUGUCUAACGAAGAAAAUGCUGCUGCCACUAGAAGUAUAGAAAUGACAAUGGCACGUGCAUGGUAUCCCCAUCCAAGUAUUCCUGAUGUCUUUUUCUGGGAUCUCCCAGGAACAGGCAGGCGUAACUUUCAUGCUAAAAACUAUGUUAAAGAAAUGCAUUUCAAAAGCUAUGACAUCUUUAUUAUUGUUUCCUGUUGUCGAUUCUCAGAGAAUGAUGUUGACCUUAUCAAAGAAAUAAACAAACUGAAUAAACCAUUUUACUUUGUGAGAAGCAAAAUCGACAACGAUAUAUAUGCAGAAGAACAAAAGUAUGGGAAUGUUGAUCCACAGAAAGUCAUGAAUAAGAUUAGACGUGACUGUACUUGUAAACUUUUGAGCCUGGGAGAAGAGUUUCUGGAAAUAUUCUUGAUAUCAGGAUUUCAUCAAGACAUGUAUGACUUUCCCAAACUAAUAAGCACUCUUGCAAGAGAUGAGAAGAUUCUUGAAUUUAUUUCUAAGCAAAAAUCCAAAGAAAAGAAUGAAAACACUGAGAAAUUGGAUGAAGCCUAUAGACAAGGAAACAGUGAAGCUGUUGCUGCUACUGCUGCCAAACUUAUGAAGGCGGAAGAAGCUGUCAUGUUACAUGUUGCUGUAACUGGAAGCACUGGAACAGGAAAAUCGAGUCUCAUAAAUGCACUGCGGGGCCUGAAUGACACAGAAGAAGGAGCAGCAAAAACUGAAGUCAUGGAAUGCACCAUGGAACCAACACCAUACCUACAUCCUGACCUCCCUAGGGUCAUAUAUUGGGAUCUUCCAGGAAUAGGUGGUGCAAAAAUCACAGCAAAACAAUACUUACAAAACAUGAAGUUUGAACGCUAUGAUUUCUUUAUUGUUGUUAUUAGUUCUUGUGUAAAGGAAAAUGAUAUGAAUAUAGUUGCAGAGUUAAGACGUUUAAGAAAACCAUUUUACUUUAUCCGAAGCAAAAUAGAUGAAGAUAUACGUGCAGCCCAGAAGAAAAAUAACUCAGUUAAUGUGGAGGAUGUCCUUGUGAAAAUUAAGGACAGCUGUGUUAAUGAAUUAAAUAAAGUAGGAAAAUUACAGGAACAAUCAGUAAAGGUUUUCCUUGUUUCAAGAUUUGAUUUAGAGAAUUAUGACUUUGCACAGUUUAAAACUGAACUUUCAAAAGAACUGCCAAAACAAAAGAAUGACAUCUUUCAGCUUUCACUUCCUAGUUUUAGCCAUGAGACAAUAGAAGAAAAAAAGAAAAUUUUAAAGAGAAGUAUUUGGUUAGUAGCUGCUGCUUCUGGAGGAAUAGCAGCAGUGCCAAUCCCUGGGCUCUCCUUUGCAUGUGAUACUGCGAUGAUAGCUAGUUCUGUUUUGAGCUAUCGCCUGUAUCUAGGGUUGGAUAACAAAUCUUUAAGUACAUUAGCCAGGAGAGUUCAAAAACCUGUUAAAAAACUGAAGAGUCAAAUACAACAUCCCUUACUGCAGGGAGAAGUAACACCAGAUGUUAUCACAAAAUUGCUGCUUUCAACCACCUAUGUUGGAUUGAUGUCUGUUGAAGAACUAUUCCAUUUUAUACCGGUUUUUGGUAGCUUAGUUUCAGCCCCUUUAUCCUGUAUGUUAACAUUCAGAAUUCUCAAUGACAUUCUUAAUGCAUUUACUGAAAAUGCUCACAAAGUAUUAGAUGAAGCUCUGAAAAAAUAAAGCCAUGCUUCUUCUUAGCUGGAAAGUAAAGACACCAAAGACAUACUAAAUAGUAUGUGACUUACUUUUAUACUGCCCAAAUUUAAGCUAAGAAUAAAGUCAGCAGCAGUAACAUUGUUGAUUUUUUGAACUAGUGGAGUUGGAAAAUAAUUUUGUAGUUUAGUCAGUAGUGCUCAUGGAACUCUUGCAUAAUAGGUUUGCGGUUUUUACAGACAUUUUAAAUCCUGAAGCAGUUUUAAAUGAACAUGCAUCAUUCUGCUAUUGCUGAUUUAUUGAUAUUUGUUUAUUUAUUUCCAUUUGUUGACUAGAAAAGUCUGACUAGGAAAAAAAUAUUUUUAGCAGAGGCCCAGGGGAAAUAAGCUCCAGACGAAGUUGGUCAAUGUCAUAAAUUAAUGCAGACAGUAAAAGUCACUUGGGAUAACAAUUGCAGCUCAUUGGCAUACAUUAUAGGUUCAUAGGUGUUUACUAGGCUAAAGACCACACGGGCCCUUUUAAGCCUAGCCAUGCAUCCCA